CAGAGGUUGUUGAGGGAUGAUCUCCCUUUAACACUAGUACCUGUGUCCACAUCUUUAAGAAGUCUAGGAUCUAGGAUAAUUCUGUAUGGGUGUAUGAAUGAGGAUGGAACCAUGGACAGCGCCUGUAGGACCAGCAGUUCCAAGCACCAUCAGCUCCUGGGCUUUCUGAUGGCUUCUGAGACUACUUUGUAAGAGUUUGGGAUCAAUAGGCUGAAGCAGGAAGAGAUAAGAAAAGGAUUGCUUCGGCCAGGCAAGAUGCCGGUCUUAAAGAAGAACUCGCUGGAAAAGGCAGCAGCCAAAAGCUGCGAUGACUCGGAGAGUUUACCCAAGCUCCCCGUUCCUCCUCUUCAACAAACCAUGGAUAUGUAUCUCAGAUGCAUGAAACAUCUCGUAACGGAGGAACAAUAUAAGAAAAGCAAAACAAACGUGGAGAAAUUCAUGAUGCCCGGAGGCGUCGGAGAGAUGUUACAGCAAAAACUACUGGAGAAAAGAGAGAAAACCGAGAACUGGAUACAUCAAUACUGGCUCGAUGACAUGUACCUUCAUAAUCGUCUUCCACUCCCAGUUAACUCCAGUCCAGCAGUAAUAUUUUCCCGUCACAACUUCCAGGACGUCAACGACCACUUGAGGUUCACGGCCAACUUAAUCUCCGGAGUGCUCGAUUACAAGACGCUUUUGGAUUUGCGUGCAUUGCCUAUGGACUAUGCCCGUGGGCAGCUGUCUGGGCAACCUAUGUGCAUGAAGCAGUACUACGGACUCUUCUCUUCAUAUCGACUUCCAGGAGGGACCAAAGAUACCUUAGUGGCUCAGGAGAGUAGCGUCAUGCCCGAACCUGAGCAUAUUAUUGUUGCAUGCAACAACCAGUUCUUUGUCUUGGACGUCGUUAUAAACUUCCGACGCCUUAGUGAUGGGGAUCUGUUCACUCAGCUCCUGAAGAUAGUCAGGAUGGCAGAAAACGAAGACGAGAGACUUCCUCCGAUUGGGUUAUUGACAAGCGAUGGCCGGUACGAGUGGUCCAAGGCAAGAGAGAUGUUAAUGAAAGAUUCUACAAACCGUGACUCUCUUGAUAUGAUUGAGAGAUGUAUGUGCUUAGUAUGCUUGGACGCACCAACUGGGAUGGAACUGAAUGAUACCAACCGGGCUCUGCAGCUUCUGCACGGAGGCGGUUAUGAUAAAAACGGCGCAAACAGGUGGUACGACAAACCCAUGCAGUUUGUGGUGGGGCGAGAUGGAGUAUGUGGGACCAUUUGUGAACAUUCUCCUUUUGAUGGGAUUGUCCUGGUACAAUGCACAGAACAUCUGCUGAAAUAUAUGAAAAGCAGUCCCAAAAAAUUAGUGAGAGCAGAUUCCGUCAGCGAGUUGCCAGCUCCGAGAAGACUUCGGUGGAAAUGUUCUCCAGAAAUUCAAGGGCACUUGGCAUCAUCAGCAGAGAAGCUCCAAAGGAUAGUAAACAAUCUCGAUUUCACCGUUUAUAAGUUUAAAAAUUAUGGAAAAGAGUUUAUCAAGAAACAAAGAAUGAGUCCUGAUGCUUAUAUCCAGGUGUCUCUCCAGCUUGCAUUUUACAGGUGCCACAGAAAACUGGUGCCUACCUACGAGAGCGCCUCCAUCAGACGAUUUCAAAUGGGAAGAGUGGACAACAUCAGAUCUUCAACUGCUGAAGCGUUAACGUUUGUAAAAGCAAUGGUGGAUGGGAGAACAGCAGUGCCGGAGUCUGAGAAGAUGCAGUACCUCCGAGACGCCAUACAGGCUCAAACAAACUACACAAUUCUGGCCAUUACCGGGAUGGCCAUAGACAACCACUUAUUAGCGCUGAGGGAGUUGGCUCGGGAACACUGCGAGGAGAUGCCCGACCUCUUUACAGAUGAGACGUACCUGUCCAGCAACCGGUUCGUUCUCUCCACCAGUCAGGUUCCUACCACAAUGGAGAUGUUCUGCUGCUACGGCCCGGUGGUUCCAAAUGGCUACGGCUCCUGUUAUAACCCUCAGCCGGAGCACAUUCUCUUCUGCAUCUCAAGCUUUCGGGAAUGCAAGGAGACAUCCUCGACAAUGUUUGCCAAAGCCGUGGAAGAAAGUCUCAUUGCCAUGGCAGAUCUGUGCACAAAGUAUAAUACCAAACCCGACACGCCAGUGAAGGAGAGAAAAAACGCGUCACGAAAUGGACAUAAGCCAUAGCUAUAAAAAAAAAAAAAAUAGAUAUAUUACUAGAUUAUUUAUUUUCCAUAAAUGCCAUAUUUUUGUGAAUGUUAGUAUUAUAUAUUUUAGGAAACAAAAUGUGGCUAAUACAGUAAAAGUAGGUAGAAACCUAGAGAAUGCUAGAGAGGAAAUUUAAAUCACCUGAA